UUCCCUCUCCUCCUGCCUUGUGUCUGUGAGCUUCCAUUUCAGCCCGCCCAGCCUGUGCCUCUCUCUUUCUCCCAGUCUCUCUCACUGAGUCUCACACUCUACAGCAACAAUGAAAACCUCCAAGCAAACUACAUACUCAAUGCGCUCCUCCACCAGCGGCAGGCCUGCUGCUGUAUCAGUGUCCCGUACCUCUGCUCCUGUCUACAGGGCCUCGUCCCUCCACGGCGGGGCCGGCGGAAGCCGCAUCAGCAUCUCCUCCGGCUUUCGCAGUGGUCUGGGAGCUGGAAUGUCCGUGGGCUCCGGAGUAGGGGGCUUCUCCAACAGCGUCCAGGUGAGCUCCAGCGGGAACAGCGGCGACAUCAUGGGCAACGAGAAGUUCGCCAUGCAGAACCUGAACGACCGUCUGGCCAACUACCUGGAGACGGUGAGGAACCUGGAGCAGGCCAACCAAAAGCUGGAGAUUAAGAUCAAGGAGGCCCUGGAGAAGAGCGGCCCCGACUUCAGAGACUACAGCAAGUACCAGGCCAUCCUGGACGACCUGAGGAGAAAGGUGUUUGAUGCCAACUGUGACAAUGCCCGCCUGGUUCUCAACAUCGACAACGCUCGCCUGGCGGCUGACGACUUCAGAGUAAAAUUCGAGUCUGAGCUGGCCAUCCGCCAGUCUGUGGAGGCCGACAUCGUCGGUCUGAGGAAGCUCAUCGAUGACACCAACAUGAGCCGCAUGAAUCUGGAGAGCGAGAUCGAGUCUCUGAAGGAGGAGCUCAUCCACCUCAAGAAGAACCAUGAAAACGAAGUAAUGGAGCUUCGUAACCAGAUUGCUCAGUCAGGGGUCCGCGUGGACGUCGACGCUCCCAAGGGACAGGACCUGGCUCAGCUCAUGACAGAAAUUAGGGCCAAGUACGAGAAGAUGGCGCUGAAGAACCAGGAGGAACUGAAGACAUGGCACGAAUCUCAGAUGGUAGAAGUGCAGACCCAGGUCAGCCACAACACAGAGGCCCUGAAGGGUGCCCAGACAGAGGUGAACGACCUGCGCAGACAGGUGCAGACCCUGGAGAUCGACCUGGAGUCACAGAGGAGCCUGAAAUUGUCUCUGGAGGGCACACUCAGGGACACAGAGAUGCGUUACAACAUGGAGAUCGAGUCCCUCAACGUCGUCCUCCUGGGUCUGGAGGCGGAGCUCACGCAGCUGCGCAACAGCAUCCAGCUGCAGACGCAGGAGUACGAGGCCCUGCUCAACAUGAAGAUGAAGCUGGAGGCCGAGAUCGCACAAUACAGACUGCUGCUGGACGGUGGAGACUUCAGGCUCCUGGACGCUCUGGAAGACCAGAAAACAGUGAAGACCAAAGUGAUGACCGUCACACAGACCCUGGUGGAUGGCAAGGUGGUGUCCUCCAGCACAGAGACCAAAAAUGUUUGAGUGCCUUGAGGCAAACCCCUCAAACAAUCCCUUUCAUAUGCAUCAUGUCACUAACAUAUGAUCAGGCCAAAAUUGUAUUUCCAUUCGGAUCUCCUGACUUUCUUAGUCAUACAUCACUAACUCUCUCUAGCUGCGAUUCGUUCGACUGUCUGGGUACAGUAUGUUUGUCUGUAUUCCACAGACUGAUAAAUGAAAAACAAAAAAAACUGGAUGAGAGGAAAACGAAAUCAUCUUUUAUUUAUUUCAUCACAAUGUUAUUUAUGUGUUUGUCUACUGACCAGUGAUCAGAAUUCAGAAUUAGAGAGCCCUGCCGAACUUUGUCAGAACAAAACUGAUUCAAGACGCCGAGACUAUUUCAAAGUCCAAUGAGAUGCAAAACAUGUUUGUUUUUUUGGGUUUUUAUAUUUCAUCAUCUUUGGUUGUUGCCUGUUGUGCGGUGAUGCUCAGACAUUUCAAUAAAGUCCGUUUUGGGAAUGUUU